ACCUCUCUUCUUCCACUUCCCUCCUCUUUUUUCUCUUCCCAAAAUUAAAAAGAAAAAAAAAAAAAUCUUUAAAGGAAAUUCUGACAUCUGAUAUACUACUCUAAAUUUUUAAUUUGUUUUGUUAAUUCCCUUUUCAUGGAUUUUAAUUUUAUAUUUUUAGCUGUCAUUUUUGUUCUGAAUUAGCUCUAGUCAAGGAAAAAAUUUUCAUACUUCUUUUUUUUUAUAUUUUUUUUCUCACUUCUUUGGGUACUUGAAGCUUUUGAUUUUUGUCGAUACCCAGUUCGGUUUUGAUCAUUCUGAUCGUGUAUGAUCAGCAAAGGUUACAUUUUGAUGUGCAAAACAAAGGGAUUUUGGUUCUUUUAUUGUUGGAAAUUUAGGGUUUUUGAUUGAGAGUUUAAUGUAUCGAUUGUUGUAAACUAGUUUUUGAUUACUCUUUGAGGAGGAAAUUCCAGUGAUUUUUUUUGCAUUUUGUUGAUGGAGACCUGUGGAGGAGCAGUAGAUGAUCAAGGCUCAGGGUGGUUUGAAGUGAAAAAGAAACAUAGAGGUAGUUCAAAGUUUUCCCUACAAAGUUGGGUUGGGGGACUGUCAGGAAAAAGUGCUUCUAAUUUUCAGCGUAGUCAGGUGUCAGCAAAUGAAAGAAGUAGAAAUUUGGAUGGUAAGCGCAGAUCCGAACAGCCAAAGGCAGGAGGAAGUUUUGGUAUACAUGCCCAAGGUUGUAUGGAAAAUUCUACUGUCUUGUUAAAUGAAGAUAAACAGGGUACAAAUUACCUAGGUAACUGUGUUGAACAAGAUAGUGAGUGUUCUAAGUUGCCUCUAUUAUUAGACACAAAAUCUGAUGGUGGAAAUGGAGAUAUGGAGAAAAUUCUACCAAUGGAUAAGCUUGAUGUGGUUCAGAAAAUAAAAUGGGGUGAUCUAGAGGAUGAGGCUUUGUUACUGCAUUCUGGAAAAAGUGUUGGAACUGAAUAUAAGUUUGGUGAUAUAGGACCUGAUAAUUUGAUGGCUUGUAGAAAGCAUGAUAGUAAUCAUGAUUCAGUUUCAUGCAAUACUUCUUGUACAAACCUCCAAGAGAAAAAACUGACAGCGACACCAGUAAAUGUAGAUAGCCUUUUUGAUAAGAGGAAUUUGUUGACUUGUAAGGAUGAUAUAACUGAGGAUAACUAUAAAGUGACAAAUAAAACCUCUUCAGAAGAUGUAGGGGUAUUGAUUGCAGAAGAAAAAGCUACGGAUCCUUGUGAUGAUGCUUCAGAAACCAAGGUACUGCAUAGUGAAGUCACAGAACCUGUAAAUAAUGAUAGCAUAAGUUAUAGCAGUCCAUCCAAUGAAGACACCGGAACAGCAGUGCAGCUUCAGCAUCCUGUUGUUGUUUUUAAGGUUGGUGAGCCAAAAGCUUCUCAUGUAGCAGUUGUAAGUGAGGGUUCAAGUGCAGCAGUGACAACCCAAGUCACCGAGUCAGAUGCUCCCGAACAUAAUGGAUGUGAAAAUUCUGAAGAAUUAUCUUUGAAAGCUUCUGUUGUUGAAUGUUGCAGUUCUCCAAAUGCUACCUUAAAUGAUGAUGUGUCAAAGGCCCAGAGUAUGAAUCCGUUCAGUGAAGAUGAUUCAAGUGAAAGCAAAGAAAGGUUUAGGCAACGACUUUGGUGCUUUCUCUUUGAGAACCUGAAUAGGGCUGUGGAUGAACUUUACCUUCUUUGUGAACUAGAAUGUGAUUUAGAGCAGAUGAAAGAGGCUAUUCUUGUUCUUGAGGAGGCUGCAUCUGAUUUUAAAGAUCUGACUACAAGAGUCGAGGAGUUUGAGAAUGUGAAGAAGUCCUCUCCCCAUUCAAUUGAUGGAGCACCAAUCACUUUGAAGAGUGACCAUCGCAGGCCACAUGCACUAUCAUGGGAGGUUAGAAGAAUGACAAAUUCACCGCACAAAGCAGAGAUACUGUCAUCAUCUCUUGAGGCUUUUAAGAAAAUUCAACAGGAAAGAGCCAGCUUGCAUACUGUUAGUAAUGCAAAAUCCCUGGGGCUUGAGUGUUCAAAUUGCCAUUAUGUAUCUGACAAUAACUUGACAAAGUUAGCUGGGACAAGUGAUGUAAUACACAGUACUAAAGAUUCUGUGAUGAAUUCAAGAAAACAGACAGAACUAACACCUGGUAACUCUGGUGGAGAUAAGAGGAAUUCUGAGUUACGCAGGUCUAGCAGAGUAAACUUUCAAAAUGGUUGUGACCCUUCUCAGAAUCCAACUUCUUUGGAUCUUAAUUCAUGUAGGCAACCCAUGAAGGACACCUCUGCCACUACUGGUUCUGCAAAAAGUAAUAAGAGAGAACAUCCUGGAUCUGAAACUGAGAAGCUACUGCCUAAGAAGGAGAAAAUAUUGACCGAAAGUGUUGUUGAUAAAAGCCUCAAACCUACAGAUCACCUUAAGAGGCCAAUUCUGCUCACAGAAAAAGAAAAGAGAAAUGCUACUUCAUGGAAAUCUAUGGAUGCCUGGAAGGAGAAGAGGAAUUGGGAGGAUAUACUUUCUUCCCCUUUCCGUGUCUCUUCUCGCAUAUCACAUUCACCAGGCAUGAGCAUGAAAAGUGCCGAGCGUGCACGCAUUUUGCGUAAUAAGUUAAUGUCUCCUGAGAAGAAGAAGAAAACUGCCUUGGAUUUGAAAAAAGAAGCUGAAGAAAAGCAUGCACGAGCUAUGAGGAUCAGAAAUGAAUUGGAAAACGAAAGAGUUCAAAAACUACAGCGUACUUCAGAAAAGUUAAAUCGUGUAAAUGAAUGGCAGGCUGUUCGCAAUAUGAAGUUACGUGAAGGUAUGUAUGCUCGCCACCAGCGCAGUGAGUUAAGACAUGAAGCUUUUCUAGCACAGGUUGUGAGGAGAGCUGGUGAUGAAAGCAGUAAAGUUAAUGAGGUUCGUUUCAUUACUUCCUUAAAUGAAGAAAAUAAAAAACUUAUGUUGCGUCAGAAACUUCAUGAUUCAGAAUUGAGGAGAGCUGAAAAACUUCAAGUGUUAAGAACCAAACAAAAAGAGGAUAUUGCUAGAGAGGAAGCUGUUCUAGAACGUAGAAAACUCAUUGAAGCUGAAAAGUUGCAGCGUCUUGCUGAGAUUCAGCGGAAAAAGGAAGAGGCUCAAGUUAGAAGGGAAGAGGAAAGGAAAGCAUCCAGUGCAGCUCGUGAGGCAAAGGCCAUUGAACAGCUCCGUAGAAAGGAAGAAAGAGCCAAGGCCCAACAAGAGGAAGCUGAACUUCUGGCUCAGAAAUUAGCUGAGAAACUCAGUGAAAGUGAACAACGUCGCAAGUUUUAUCUGGAGCAGAUACGAGAAAGGGCUUCAAUGGAUUUCAGGGAUCAGUCUUCUCCUUUACUUCGCAGAUCUAUUAAUAAGGAAGGUCAAGGAAGAUCUACUCCAAUAAACGAUGGUGAUGAUUGUCAAGCAAACAUUGUUACUGGUUCAGGCUGUUCUUGUCUUGCAACAGGAAAUGUUGCAUUGCAACAUUCGCUGAAGCGGAGGAUUAAAAGAAUUCGACAAAAACUUAUGGCUCUGAAAUAUGAAUUUCCUGAGCCACCGGUUGUUUGUGAAAAUGCUGGAAUUGGAUAUAGAACAGCAGUGGCGACCGCAAGGGCAAAGAUUGGGAGGUGGCUUCAAGAACUUCAGAAACUCCGUCAAGCAAGAAAAGGAGCAGGAAGUAUAGGUUUAAUAACUGCUGAAAUGAUUAAGUUCCUGGAGGGAAAAGACCCUGAGCUACAGGCUUCACGCCAAGCUGGUCUGCUUGAUUUUAUUGCUUCUGCCCUGCCCGCUUCUCAUACAUCAAAGCCUGAAGCUUGCCAGGUGACAAUACACCUUUUGAAACUUUUGAGGGUUGUACUAUCUGUGCCAUUGAACAGAAGUUAUUUUCUUGCCCAAAAUCUCUUGCCCCCAAUCAUCCCUAUGCUGUCAGCAGCACUUGAGAACUAUAUAAAGAUUGCUGCAUCUUUAAAUGUCCCUGGCAACACCAACUUACUGUCCAGCAAAGUAUCAGUUGAAAAUUUUGAAUCUGUAUCUGAAAUACUGGAUGGUUUUUUGUGGACUGUUGCUAUGAUUCUUGGUCAUAUCAGCUCUGAUGAAAGACAACUCCAAAUGCAUGAUGGGUUGCUAGAGCUAUUGGUUUCAUACCAAGUUAUCCACCGUCUAAGAGAUCUUUUUGCACUCUAUGAUAGGCCUCAGGUCGAAGGCUCACCCUUUCCUUCCUCUAUUCUCUUAAGUAUAUCUCUGUUGGUGGUCUUAACAUCCGGCCCUGGAAGUACUAGUUCCAUCGACUGGGAAUCUUCUCAUAUUGAAACUGUACUGGAAAAUGAAAGUCAAGAAAUGAAACCCACUGUCUCUCUUGAUUCUGGACAUGCUUUUGUAAAUAACACCUGUGGAGAUAGUACACGCCUGUCAUCUGUUCAAAAUGGUAGCCUGAUUGUAUGUCUUGCAGAUUUACCGGAGGGUGGCCUGUUAGAUGAAUCGUCUAAAGUAAAUAAAAAUGAAUCAGGUUCUGUUGGCGGAGAUGAAAAAAAGAAGAUGAAUGGUGGUUCGGUUCAGUUUAAUAAUGCUAACAGGGAAAAGGCAGAAUUUCAAGAUGAAUCACAGAAAGUUCUAACUGAGAAGGAUGAGAAGAACUUGGUGGAUAUUGUUGCAGUGCAAAAGAAAGAAAAUAUGUUUGGCUUGAAACAACCAAUGGCUUUUCUUCUUUCUGCCAUAUCUGAAACUGGAUUAGUCAGCCUUCCUUCUUUGUUGACAUCUGUGCUACUUCAGGCUAACAAUAGGUUGUCUUCUGAACAGGCAUCAUAUGUGCUUCCAACCAAUUUUGAGGAGGUGGCAACUGGAGUACUGAAGGUUCUGAACAAUUUGGCUCUUUUGGAUAUUACAUUUUUGCAGAAAAUGCUAGCUAGGCCGGACCUGAAAAUGGAGUUUUUCCAUUUAAUGAGUUUCCUUCUCUCUCAUUGCACUAGCAAAUGGAAGGUGGCUAAUGAUCGGGUCGGUUUGCUUUUGCAUGAGUCUCUUUUGCUUCUUGGUUAUUUUGCAUUGUUUCACUCCGGGAACCAAGCUGUUCUCAGGUGGGGAAAAAGUCCCACUAUACUUCACAAGGUAUGCGAUUUACCCUUCGUGUUCUUCAGUGAUCCUGAGUUGAUGCCCACCUUGGCCAGCACGCUGGUUGCUGCCUGUUACGGUUGUGAGCAGAACAAGGGUGUGGUUCAGCAGGAACUUUGUGUAGACAUGCUACUUUCCUUGUUAAAAUCCUGCAGAAAUAUUUCUCGCCCGGUACUAGAUGAAUCCAGUGAGUCUAAUCAACAGGGUUCUUCCGAACAUAGAAAAUCUCAGGGAGACGGUCCUCUGAAAUCCAGCCGUUACAGUGCCAGAAGUGCGCGACUUUCACUGGGAAAGGGCGGUGCUCUAGGAAACAGCACGAGAGUUGGCAAGGUGAGAAACCAGAAAGACAGCAAAGCAACAAAAACUUGUGAAGAUUCGGCCAUGAGGCACAGUGCACUGGCAAUGGACACUUCCUUGACGUUGCACCAUAGAUUCCCUAGUAGCUUUAUUGAUAGAGCGGAGCUGUUUUUUUCGGCGGAGGUCACUAAUGUGAGUGAGGAAGUAUGAGGGUACGCUGGCAUAUCUCAUUUUGACACUACUGAUGUUUACUGGUUUUUUAACUUUUAUAACAACAUAUUGAUACUAACAGAA